AGGUAGCGGUCUGGGUCUUGUACCAUUCUGUAUACCAUGCUAUCAUACAUUCUCUCUCUGUGUCUUGCAGGUAGCGGUCUGGGUCUUGCCUACACGCCCUCCGUCAUCGCCGUGAGUCUAUACUUCGAGCAGCGGCGCACGCUAGCCACCGCGCUCACCUUCGUAGGGGGCGCUGUCGGGCCGCUGCUCUGUCCGAUCCUCUUCCAAGCCAUCAUCGACGCGUACGGAUGGCGAGGAACAAUGCUGCUCACCGCCGCCAUCUCCCUCCAGCUGUGCGUCGUCGGCGCGCUGCAGCGCCCCCUGCCGGCGGUCCCCGGCGCGGCGGCGGCGGGCGGCGGGAUCGCGGCGCUGCUGCAGACGCGGCUGCUGCGUAGCGCCAAGUUCGCGCUCUACCUCUGCGACUACUUCUGCUGGGCGGCGGGAGCGUUCACCUUCUUCGUCAUCGUCAACGAGUUCACGGUGUCUCGCGGCAUCUCGCGAGACAGCAGCGCCCUCCUCCUCUCCGUCGUUGGCGUCGCCAACGCCGCCGGCCGCCUCACGACGGCGUUGUUAGGCAACGAUCGCCGCGUCGACUGCCUGGUUGCGUACAACGUGUUGACGGCGGCGCACGGCGUCGCGGCGACGCUCUACCUCACCGGUUCCUCGUUCACGUCGUUCGUCGCGCUGGCGCUCGUGAUGGGAUUCGCUUACGGGACGAAGCUGGCGUUCCUCGCCACGGUGACGGUGAAGCUGUUCGGAAUCGAGAUGCUGGCGAGCGCGUACGGAUACGGCAUGUUCGCGGUCGGUGCCGGGGCGCUGCUGGGACCGCCCGUAGCAGAUGCGACACUGCGCAUGCCUACAAUGACGAACGUUGAGCUUCAGUCGAGGGUUUGCCGGGACUUGCAGGGAAUUAUUGAUCGUAUGACGGAUGGCUCGGCGCAUGACCUGUACCGGAGGUUACGUAUCUCCUAG